AUGUCGUAUUCCAACACAAGCGAGCUUCUUGUUUCUUAUAACAAUGAACUCAUUUAUUUGUUUCAAAAGAAUAUGGGUUUAGGCCCGUACCCUGUUGCAGCGUCGCAAGAACAUGUGGAUAGUUUGGAUGAACCACAGAUGUAUACUGGGCAUAAGAACAAUUUUAUGGUUAAAGGGGUUAGUUUUUUCAGGCCUGAUAGUGAGCAUGUUAUGAGUGGAUCAGACUAUGGUCAUAUUUUCGUAUGGAAGAAAAAAGACAGUAGAGUUAUUCGCAUUAUGGAAGGCAAUAAGUGUAUAGUGAAUCAAGUUGAACCGCAUCCUAAUAUCUCUGCGUUUGCGUCGUCUGGAUUAGAAAAAGAUACAACACUUUGGGCUCCUGUUUCUAAUAACAUUCCUCCCCUGGUUCAUGAGUUACUGCAGAUUAUGGAGUCAAGCAGGCAAACCAGAGAUAAUAUUUCGCGGCUUAGACUCAAACUCGAAGUUUUAAUGGAUGUUUUUAGGCCAAAUAGAAGGCAAUGA